ACAAAGGCAUACGAUAUCACAGACACAUGAGCGUAGAGCUAUGCGAAUCACGUUGCAGUUUCCUGUCCUGUGUGUGUGACUGAGUGUGUUUGGAAGAAAAUGUCAGUGUAGCUCUGUUACUAAACAAAACACACACACACACACUUUUCAUCGGAACUGCCAAUCAGACAGAGGGGAGGCGUCAACGAAGGUUAAAUAGAAAUAUUUUGGCCUGAAAGUGAACACAUUUGCUGCACAACUUUGAAGAGGAACAAAGUAUUUUGCUUAUAAGAUCACCCUUCAAACAUCCUCUCUGGCUCUGCUCUGAGGACAGAAUGAUGUUUUGUUGGAUACUAAUAUCGCUACUCAUUCGAUUUCUCAAAGCGCAAGAAAGCCCCAUAGUAAUUUACGCACAGAUUGGAGGGACCGUUACCAUACCUAGAGAUUCAUCAGUACAAGCAGAAAAUGUUUAUGUGAACUGGUUCCGCGGCUCAGAUGCAAAACCAGCUGUCAGCAGGAACCCUCAGAGUGGGAUCCAAAUGGGGAAAGAUGUUAAAACACAGGUCUCUCUGUCACCGGAUUACGAUCUCAAAAUCUCACCAGUACAGGAUUCUGAUUUUGAAGUUUGGCGCUGUGAACAACAUGUAUUAACGUCUACUUACACCAAGACCUACAAACUGUACCAUGUCACUGUACCCAAAGUGUCAGCCGUGAUAUUUGGUGACUCUCUGUCUCUGGAAUGUAACCUGGACCCUACUUCAGCUAAGUCCAGUAUAACAUGGAUUCCACCUGAAAACUCAGGUUGUCAUCAAAUCAAGCAUUAUGGAAGUGCAAUUUCAAUCAAAGAUGUGUCCAGGUGUCAUAGUGGUGUUUGGACAUGCAAGGUGAAGUAUGACAGGAAAGAAGCUGAAGCAAGAACAACUGUUUUUGUAAUAGACCUCUCCCCUUCUCCACCAGAUCCGAUUUAUACCUCUCUCUCCUCAUCCUAUACAGUCAAAAUUCCAUGUUCCCUGUCUUCUGAUAUUCCCUGGUCUGUGUUAAAUGAGACAGGCCUCCAGGGUGGUAGCUGGAGCUUCACUCCUCUCAGCAAUCAAACCCAGCAGCCUCUCUUUAGACUUAGUGUUGGUCCCGUGGUCAGAUGGGAUGUCACACCGGGUCAAGAUAGCAGGUUCAAGGGAAGAGAGUUAAAAGACAAGGAUCUAUCUAUCGAUCUGCCUGUGUCAGAGAAGAUCAGGGGGGAGUACAGCUGUAACCUGACAUUCAAGAGCAAGACCCUCAGCAGAAAAGUCAAGGUGGAGUUUCUGCAGGUUAACUCUUCUGGUGGUUCUCGAGUAUAUGAAGGCCAAAGCGUGAAUCUGACAUGCACAUUAGGACAUUCAAUUGCCUCUGACCUAAAGGUGAAUUGGAAAUGUCCUCUUCCUGUCUGCCCUUCUCCCACUCUUCAACAUGUUAUAUCCAUCCCUGAAGUGACAAUGCAGCACAAUGGCCAAUGGAGAUGUGAACUCUUGCACAAAAACGGGAUGAUGCUGACAUAUGCUGCGUUAUCAUUAAAGAUUGAGAAAGCUCCAGUGGACGUCUGGCUUUGUGUUGCCAUAAGCAGUGGAGUUGUGGUCUUCAUCUUGCUCCUUGUUAUCGCCAUUAUAGGUAUUCGCAGACACAAACAGAUAAUGAUGUACAGACGACGCAAGACCAGAUACUGCUGCUGCAAAAAUCCUCAGCCAAAGGGAUUCUACAAGACCUGAAGAUCCUCAGCUUUUUUUGGUUUCCUAAAUAAUCAUGUAAAUGUACAGUUGUCUGAACAAAGCCUCUCAAUGCCGGAACUGACAGUCUUCACUGUGCAGAUGAUGCUGGUAUUUUUAUUAUUGUGUCAAAUACUCUCAUAACUACGCUAUAUAUACUUGAACAUGCUUGAUAGGAAGCAAUGUUAUAUGCAACUCAAACAAUAUGUUGCAUCCCUUUGUGGUGUAAAUAACAUGACAUAUUAUAAAAAAUGGCUGGAUGAUAAAUGUGUGAAAAAUUGAUGUAAUUUCCUAAUACAUAGUAUAGUACUAAAACAAGGAAUCUUUAUCUGUACAUUUUAUAUUAAUUGCCCAGAGUGCCUCAUUAUAAUGUGCUGUCAUUUUUCAUCUACUGUGUACUUACCUCCUUAUUCUCUGAAUGCUCUUUUUACAUUUGUAAAUUAACUUUUUUUUUCUCUGAUUUGCUUGUAUAUCUUUAUUUGAGGAAAAAGCAAUUGAAAAAUAUUGAUAAUGUAAAAUAAAAACACUUGAUGAAACAAAA